AUGGCUGAGCUGCAGGAAUUGGCAGCAGAACAUGCUGCUGGAGAUGGGCAUGAAUUAAUGAAGGAUGAUAUCAAGUGUACGGACACACAAGAGAAAAAACAAAAUGGUUCUUCUCUAUGUCCUGUUCAUCAUCGUGCUGUCUUGAAGUCACCAACAAUUGGGAGAAGAAGCCGUUUUCAUCCUUGGCACAUCAUUUUCCGACCCUGGAAGUGGCGUAGGAAGAAGAAAUCUGAUAAGUUCAAAGCCACUUCUCGUACUCUUGAACGGAAGAUAUCCGUACGGGUAGAUCGAGAUGAACUCGUCAAGAGAGGGAUUCUCCUCCCCAUCCCCUCAGAGGGGAAUGACUCUGUUACCGAGAAUGGUGUACCGGUACCAUCUACCAGCUGUGACCCUGUGAUGAGCACCCAGGGAUUGGGUGUGCCCAUGUCUCUAAAUGGCACUUCGGUAUGUGCACGCAUAGAAAUGCCAGAGACUGUGAGUGCAACCUUUGCUUCCUCACCACUCCCAUCUCACUCGACAUUUCACCCACCUCCAACCUCUGUUGACGUUCCUAAGCAACCUCCCCCUCCGUAUGAUCCCCCUCCCAUGCCAAAUGUCAGCACUGGUUCACCACACUUUAAUCAUCUACCACCUGCACUCCAGCGUCAGGUCCAGUGGCGGCCAAAUAACCUUCCCAUUCCUUUGCCUGGCAUGAGGCUGUCAGAUUCAAGGGGAACACACUCACCAGCAGAGGAUCGUGCAUCUCCUCAUAAUCGCACGCAUCAGGAAAAUGAGUUGCUCAAGAAUUCUGGAAUCCUGAAUCAACCAACACAGCAACCACUUAUGCAACCUUCUACUCAACCUCCUGUGUCAGCUGCACCUAUGCUCACAUUGUCUCAGCUGCCAGAACCCCCAAUUGCUGUUUCAGAAAUAGGACCUAUUCCACCUCCCCCCAUGUUCUCAUCUCCUGUGCUUUCUUCACGCCAGAAGCCCACUCCUCCUGUGCGUAACAUGGGCUUCCAGUUACCCCCUGUUUCAGCACCAGGGAAUAGCUACUCCUCCCCACAGUUCCAGGCCUAUAGAGAAAUUUGCACCUUCUCUAAUAGUCAACCAGAUGGGAUUUAUGAGGAUGAUUCCUCCCAAGAAUCAGAUACAGAAGACAUGCAUGAAUAUAAUGUGGAGGAUGACAGUGAGAUUCAGGAGUUGCAGACUCGCCUAGACACCACUAGAGUGGAAGAGGUCCCUGCAAAGGAGCCCCGGUAUGACAUCAAGCCAUUGAAACCUGCUUUGAAGAAGAAACCAGACAUGUCAGCUAGCCCUGUCCCAGGCAAUGCAUCCCCUGCCUCCCGAGGAGGUAACAGAAGCAACAGAGGUAGUCCUGCUGUUGGUGGCAGGGUAAGGAUCCAGGCUUCACACAAGAAUGAAAGUUAUAAGCCACCUCCGAUGAUCACCAUCCCUGGGUACAAUGAUUUUGAUGAGAGUGAUGAAGAGGAGGAUGGACCCAUUCUAUACAAAGAUGAUAAUUGGCUUGCAACCAAGAUAGCUAGAAAAGAUUCACUGGCCAUCAAGCUUGCUUUGAGACCAGAUAAGCAAGCUCUUAUUGAGAGAAACAUCCUUCAUGAUGUAUCUGAGAGGGAAAGACAAGAGACUAAAGAGGAGAUUGGUGCCAAGCUUGGACGACGGUUGACCCUGCGGCCCACUGCAGAGGAACUGGAGCAGCGUAACAUUCUGAAGCGUUUAAGUCCCGAGGAAGAGCAGCGACAGAAAGAGCAGAAGAAGAAAACUCUUCUCCGCAAACUGAGCUUCCGGCCAACCAUUGAGGAGUUAAGGGAAAGGAAGAUCAUCCGGUUUAAUGACUACAUUGAAGUGACUCAAGCCCAGGACUAUGAUAGACGAGGGGACAAACCCUGGACAAGACUUACACCAAAGGAUAAAGCAGCAAUUCGAAAGGAACUCAAUGAGUACAAAAGCAGUGAAAUGGAAGUUCAUGAUGAAAGCAGACAUCUCACUCGCUUCCAUCGCCCUUGA